AUGGAUUUAGCUCAUAAUACUUUGAUCGAGUUAGGGAAUUAUCGAAAACACGCUCAGAAAAAUUUUGAAGACAUUUUUUUAGCUGCCAAAAAAAUUGCUGACAAGUUCAAUGGGAUAAUGACAAUUCCGAGAAUUAAUAAAAGACAAGUACAUAGAAUAAACGUACAAACUAAUAAUCCUGAAGAAUAUUUUCACAUAUCGGUUUUUAUUCCAUACUUGGACUCCUUUAUAAGUCAAUUAAAAUCUAGAUUUCUUAAUCAUACUGAUAUAAAGUCAAGUUUUCACUCUUUUUUCGACGAGAAUUCUACAAAAGAAGAAUUAAAAAAAUUAGCUGAAUUUUAUGAAAAAGAUUUGAAUGGUAAUAAUUCAAUAAUAGAAGAGUUCCAGCUGUGGCAAAGGAAACUUAAAAACUUGGAAAUAAAACCAAAAAAUUCAAUUGAUGCACUGAAUUUGUAUAAUGCUUCAAACGAACGGAUUUUUUCAUCAAUAAAACGAAUUAAAAAAUAUGUACGAAAUACAAUAUCUGAGAAAAAACUAAAUGGAUUGGCCAUAUUAAACAUGCACAGGGAAGUUGAAAUUACUGUUGACGAAGUGAUAGAGGAGUUGACAAAAAAAUUGAGACGACUUGAAUUUAUUUUAUAA